CAUUUUCUCAGCUGUUUCUUUCUUCCUCCUCACCAACGCGUCUCGUCGCUACCACGCUUAUAUCCGACCAAACCAUCAAAGUUAGCUCAGACACGCAGAGCUUGAUCAAUAGAAGCUGUUUUCUACUGAAAGUGUUUGUUUUUCCCACUGACCGUCGCAUUGCACGGUGCGUUCACUUGCAAGGAGUAAGUAAAUGCGACACGGCAUUGUCACUUGCUGCUCAGACAUGAGAACCAUUUGAAGUGACACUCAACGACUCGGUUUGGCAGGAUCCCCACAGCCUGUUUAGAGCUCCAUGCCGCUCUAAGGGGGAUUCACUCAGCCUGCGUACGAGUUCCACCCUUCUGUGUCUCUUCUCUCUUCUCACCAUGGGUGGAGCUGUGAGCGCCGGGGAGGACAACGAUGACCUUAUUGAUAACCUGAAGGAAGCUCAGUACAUCCGCACAGAGAAGGUUGAGCAGGCCUUCCGGGCCAUAGACCGGGGCGACUACUACCUGGACGGCUAUCGGGACAGUGCCUACAAAGACUUGGCGUGGAAACAUGGAAACAUUCACCUGUCCGCCCCAUGUAUAUACUCUGAAGUAAUGGAGGCCCUUAAGCUGCAGCCAGGACUUUCUUUCCUUAACCUUGGCAGUGGAACCGGCUACUUGAGCACGAUGGUUGGGCUCAUCAUAGGGCCUUAUGGUGUGAACCAUGGAGUCGAGCUCCACAAGGACGUGGUUGAGUAUGCCCGACAGAAACUUGAUGAAUUCAUUAAGAAUAGUGACAGUUUUGAUAAGUUUGAAUUCUGUGAACCCGUCUUCGUGGUUGGGAAUUGCCUUGAAAUCUCCACAGACAGCCACCAAUACGAUCGCAUUUAUUGUGGUGCAGGAGUGCAGAAAGACCAUGAAAAUUACAUGAAAGUGUUGCUGAAAAUUGGAGGCAUACUGGUGAUGCCUAUAGAGGAUCAGCUGACCCAGAUAACCAGAACAGGUCAGAGCACAUGGGAGAGCAGAAACAUCUUGGCAGUGUCCUUUGCCCCUUUGGUGCAGCAGAGCCGUGCGGAAGGAGAGAAGCCUGACGCUGUCCAGCUGCCCCCGGUGACCGUCCGCAGUCUUCAGGACCUCUCUCGCGUCUACAUUCGCCGCACUCUCAGAAACCUGUCGAAUCAGGACAAUCAGGGGAAAGGAACGGUGCAGCGGGUUCCACACAAGCGCAAACGGAGGCGCUGCCGACGGCGGCGCAUCAACACCUACGUUUUUGUGGGCAAUCAGCUCAUACCCCAAAUGGUGGAUAGCGAAGUGGAGGAACACGCUGAGGAGGAACAGAAGGAGGUGGCGGCAGAGGAGGAGGAGGAGGAGGAAAGAGACAUUGGCGAAAUUGAAAUCAUCAAGCAAGUGAAUGAGUUGAGAGAACAAAUACUGGCUCUGCCUCUGCCUGAAUCACUGAAGGCAUAUUUGCUGUACUACCGAGAGAAAUGACUGAUUCACUCGAUGUCCACCCUUAACGAGUGCUCUGCCUGCUGAAAUUCGGUUUCGUUUUUGUUUGUUUUUUUUCCACCCCUUUUCAGUUGAAAUGUAGCAUUAUUAUCACUUAAUCUCAAUGGUAACACUGUAUUGGAACGAGAUGUGAUGGAUAAUAUCUGAUAAUAAUGUUUUUGAUUUUCAUGAGUGUUUCUUUUUCUUGAUGUUUUUACUUUAAUCUGUAUAUGAAAAUAUGUAUAAAGAAUCGUUAAUGGACAUUUAGUUUCAGGAAACUGUUUUGAGAUACAGAUUUUAUCAAAUACGAAUGUCUGCAGAUGCGUGCAGAUAAACACUGCAUAAAUAAUAAUCAUUAAAACAACAGUCCUUUAAGUCUUGUUUAAAUAUGAUAAAACACAAAUGAAGACUUUAUUGCACCUUUUUUAGAAGCUUUAACCUGCUGUCACUAUACAGGGAUUUAAUUAUGUUAAAUUAAAAAACGGUGAAUCGUAAAUGAGGCCACAUCUUAUCUAACAGCUAAAGAUUAAGAACUUAAUCCAUAUUCAUAAAAAACAAAAGUGUCGAUGUAUUUUAUACUUUUCUUCUAAAAAAAAAAAAAAAAAAAAAGAUCACUGGAAAGAUGAAAUUGGUUCACCUAUAUUUUCUACAGGGCACAUUUUAAUGUGAAGUUUUUUAAAGCAUGCUAACGUUCUUGCAGCUGCUGCUGCGAGAAGCUGCCAUCGAUUUGAUGCAAUGCAAGCUCUCUACUCUGUUUUCUUUUCUCACAGAUGCAUGUGAAUAAUAUGUCAGGGGUUUAACACGGGGAGCUACAGAUGUUUAUGGGUGGUUUAGUUUCAGGGAGAGGUGAGAACAUUUCUUAAUCUUGAUUACAUCAUGUGUGUCAUGGGUGUUUUCAGGCUCCUUUUUACAUCAUCUGAUUGGUUGCUGGAGGUGAUGUUCUAAGUGAUCAAGUUCAGAAAUGUUUCCUAAAAAAAAAAAAAAAAAAGUAAUUUAAAGGAUGUGUAUCAUAAUUUUUUUUAUGUUUUUUCUUCAGCUGCGUUGAUUAUUCUUGGUUUCAUGACCGAAAUUUAAAAAUAUAUAUAUACAAAAAAAAAAAGAGGCAGCACAGAAUUCCGCCAUGUGUUUGUAACGCUAAGGGCAAAUAAAAAAAGAAAAGUGUAAUUUAAAAACUUAACACGUCUGCCAACAUUUAAUUAAUGGUUAUUUCUGAUCCACCUUUGACCAAAGAUUUUAAAAUUACUUAUUCUAACUUCUUCCCAGACUCGCCUACUUUAUAUUGAUGAGCAGUAAAUGUGCACAUCUCAGCUAACUAGUCCAUGUUUUACUUGAGAUGGCUUAACACACUACAGUAAUGUAGCUGUUGGAUAAAGAUUUAUACAGAGGAUAUCUGUCCUUUCAUGCAAACUCUGGAAAUCCAUCUGCUUUUAGUUUCCCAGUGACAUGCUGUUUACCUUAAAGUGUCAUGCCGAGCUAAUGUGAACGGUGCUGGAUGGGAAGGACCAUAAAAUAGUGAUAUGCAAUCACAUUUCAGCUGCAGUCAAACUGUCCCUGUCCCUCCUUCAUUUUGCUCAGAAACGAUAACAAUUGGAGCUUAUGACUAAAUAUGCUGAAGGUUUGGGGAAAGCAUUUUCUCGAUCUAGCUUGUUAAAGUUUUAUACUCACAAAUGACAGCUGCGAUCUUCUCAGUGGCUGGGUUCAAGUUUAGUUGUUCACGUUUGUGGCAAAAGUCCAUCUUUUUGCUGGGUUACCAAUACGAGGUUUUCUUUCCAAUAAAAAUGUUUUUUUUUUCUAAAAAGAAAACAGUCUUGUUCCGCUGCACAAGUCUGUCAGAUAAUGUACAUUCAGAUAAUGUUUCAUCAUCCACAUACAGUACUAACUUCCGGUCUUAUAGACAUGGCAACAAAAAUAUAAGUUUGAAAAAUAGUGGAAAGGCAGAUUAUGAUUGAGUUUUUCUGUCAAAUUUUUUCUUUUGGCUAUAGAAUAUAUUUGCCCUUUAAAAAUGAAUAUUUAGUUUCAUGGCCUUGGCAGAAGUUGAAUUUUGUACAGCACCCGUGUUUUUUUUAAUGUUCUUAUUCAAAAAUACACGCAAAACCACAAUUUCCAAGAUUUUGAUGCCUUUUGUAUUCUGGACUAUAGUUGUGUCCAACAAAGCACCUUAAUCAGCACUUCUCAAGUAAAGAAAAUAUAUAAAAAGGUACCACUCUUGGCUUUAAUUGUGGACUGAAAUCAUUGUAAUGUAAAUUUGCCUUUAAUUACAAGGCGCUGGCAGAACCUCCCUAAUAGUGGUGGCUUUUAAGUGCCAACAUACCCAACUCCCUACCCCUCUUACCAAUUAUGCUAGGAUUUCUGUGAGCUUCCUUGCAGUCAAUGAUCCAAACAAAGGUGAUUUUGUACAAAAAAGAAAAACAUUCCACUCUGAAAAAAAAAAAA